AGAAACUGGUACUCUGAGACAAGAUUUUUUAGGCUCAAUUUUCUGGGGUGGGAGUUAUUCAAUUAUCUCCUGUCUGAGUUCGCAGUGCACAUCGCAGCGAUGUUAUGUCUCAAACAGAGGCCAAAUAUUAGAGAAACAUUUCAACAAACAACAUAUCCGCAACUUAAAUUAACCAAAAGUUCAAUUUUUAGUCAACACUGAGCCGCGCACAGCAAAUUGGCAAUCAAGGCUUGCAAUCCAAUACAAUAAUUCUGCUUCUUCAAAGGCUUAGGCAGUGAAAGUUUUGUGAACCAAAAUUUCCCCAAUCUUGCUGCAGAUAGUGGUUUUCUUAGGAAGCCGUUUAGCAAUAAGCUGUGAAAAAACUCGUCUCAUUAUUGAACGAGAUUGAGGAUUGGCACUGACGCAUGCAACCGCGACUCCAUCAGUUUAAUCACUCCUCUGCAACUUGAUUUUGAGGCGUCGGGAAUCGUUGGUCAACACAUCCUUCAACAGUUGUUGGUAAAAUCUCCAAUGGCAAUAACAAAAAAACACUUAAUUAAAUAGAAAAUUUCUUCUCACACAAUAAAUUAUUGAAUAUUAGUCAAAACACUUUGUUGUUGACUUUGAAACUUGCCUUCAUUAUAAAACCUGUUGCUUUCCUUCUAUUGUCAAGUGAUGAGAGAUAAAAUAAGUUUAAAAUUGAGGCUGUGAAUUCUAGAUGCCAAUCAACGCUAGUUGAUGCAUCUUCUUAAGUCAUUGCUUCUCAAUCCCAUUUUCUGUUUGUAUCAUGUUUCCAUUCUCACAGUUCAUGGCUUCCAGGCUACAGAAAUCACUCCUUUUCCUUGUUAUUCCUCUGCUGGUAAUUUCUGUUCAUGUUCUUGCUACAGGAUCCCCUGCUGCUGCUGUUCAAUCUGAAGAAGCAGAAGCAGAUGCUCUUCUGGGAUGGAAGGCUUCUCUUGAUAAUCAAAGCCGAUCUUUUCUGUAUUCUUGGAGUACUACUGCUGGAAGCCCUUGCAAUUGGUUUGGCAUACACUGCAAUGAAGCAGGAAGUGUCUCCAAUAUAAGCCUUAGAGAUUCUGGUUUGAAAGGUACGCUUCAGAGUUUCAGCUUUCCAUCAUUUCCCAAUCUUGUCAAGCUUAACCUUAGUAAUAACUCUUUCCAUGGGAGCAUUCCUUCCCACAUUGGCAAUCUAUCCAAGCUCAACAUCCUUGAUUUUUCUGUCAAUGAAAUCUCUGGUUCCAUUCCCAAAGAAAUUGGGAUGUUGAAUUCUCUCACUUAUAUUGAUUUAUCAAACAAUUUUCUCACUGGUACAAUACCAGCUUCCAUAGGGAAUCUGACCACUUUGCCAAUUCUCUACAUUCAUAUGAAUCAACUCUCAGGCUCCAUACCUCAAGAACUUGGAAUGUUGAAAUUUGUCACUGAAAUUGAUCUUUCAGUAAAUAGUCUCACUGGUACAAUCCCAACUUCCAUAGGAAACCUGACAAAUCUGUGGGCUCUUUCUCUUAUUAGCAACCAACUUUCUGGUUCCAUACCACAAGAAAUUGGCAUGCUCAGAUCACUUACAGAACUUGCUUUGUCCCAAAAUAAUCUCUAUGGUCCAAUUCCAGCUUCCAUUGGAAACUUGACAGCAUUAUCUUCUCUUUAUCUUACUGAUAACCAACUUUUCAAUUCCUUACCUAGAGAAAUUGGGAAGUUGACAAAGCUAACUACACUCUUCCUUGAAAUGAAUGAACUUUCUGGAACGCUUCCUUCAGAGAUGAACAACUUCACUCUUUUGGAAGUUUUCAUAAUAUAUUCUAAUAGAUUCACUGGCCAGUUACCGCAAGACAUUUGCAUUGGUGAAGGCCUCAAGUCCUUUGCUAUUAAUGGAAAUGAUUUCACUGGUCCCAUCCCAAGAUGCAUGAGAAAUUGUAGCAGGUUAUUAAGGCUCCAUCUUGAGUCAAACCAACUCACUGGAAAUAUAUCUGAAGACUUUGGCGUGUAUCCACAGUUGAACUUUAUGGAUUUGAGUGAUAACAAAUUCUACGGUGAGCUUUCAUGGAAAUGGGAAAGUUUCAGCAAAUUGUCAACCCUGAAGAUCUCUAAUAAUAAUAUUUCUGGGACAAUACCAGCUGACAUUGGAAUGGCAGCUCAGUUGCAUUCACUUGAGCUCUCAUCAAAUCACCUUGCUGGGAUUAUCCCAAAGGAAUUGGGGAAGUUAACAUUGUUUGAACUUUCUCUUGAUGAUAAUGAACUUUCAGGAGGUAUUCCUGAAGAAAUUGGAUUGUUAUCUGAACUAGAGCGUCUUAACUUGGCAGCUAACAAUCUAAGUGGACCAAUUCCCAAAAAGCUUGGAUAUUGCUCAAAGCUAUUGUUCUUGAAUCUCAGCAAGAACAAACUCACAGAGAGUAUUCCUGUAGAGGUGGGCAAUUUAAUAUCCCUGGAAAGUCUUGAUCUUAGUCAUAAUCUGUUAACAGCAAUGAUACCACCACAACUCGGACUGUUGCAAAGAGUGGAGACAUUGAACAUCUCCCACAAUCUGCUUUCAGGUCCCAUUCCAACUACUUUUGGUUAUUUAUCGAGCCUGACGGUAGUGAAUAUAUCCUAUAAUGAGUUAGAGGGCCCAAUUCCCAACAAUAAAGCCUUUCAGCAGGCUCCAUUUGAGGCACUUCAAAACAACAGAUACCUGUGUGGCAAUAACACUAGACUAGAGGCAUGUGUCUCCGUUGCAAUCAACAAAACCAUCAGAAAAAAGCAUAGUAAACUGGUUUAUGCUAUGGUCAUUCCCCUUGUGUGUAGUCUGUUCGUAGUUAGUGUUUUGGUUGGUGGUUUCUUUGUUCUCCACAAAAGAAUUAGAAACAGAAAAGCUAACUCAGAAGAAGUGAAUCCAAGUGGUGAAAGUCGUAAGAAGGAUAUGAAAUAUGAAAACAUUGUUAAGGCUACUGAGGAUUUCAACUCCAAGUACUGCAUUGGGGUAGGAGGAUAUGGAAUUGUGUACAAAGCUGUCCUGCCAACAGGUCGAGUGGUUGCUGUAAAGAAACUCCACCAGUCACAAAAUGAAGAGGUGACUGAUUUCAAAGCGUUUAAAAGUGAAAUUUGUGUGUUGAUGAACAUUCGUCAUCGAAACAUUGUGAAGUUACAUGGUUUUUGUUCACAUGCCAAACACUCUUUUUUGGUAUAUGAAUUCAUAGAAAGAGGAAGUUUAAGAAAUAUUUUAAGCAAUGAAGACCAAGCAGUGGAGUUGAAUUGGCUUAGGAGGUUAAAUGUUGUAAGGGGAAUUGCUAAUGCGUUGUCCUAUAUGCACCAUGACUGCUCUCCUUCAAUCAUACAUCGAGACAUUUCCAGUAACAAUAUUCUGUUGGAUUCGGAGUUUGAGGCUCAUGUCUCUGAUUUUGGAACAGCUAGGUUUUUGAUGCCUGACUCAUCAAAUUGGACCUCAUUUGCAGGCACAUUCGGAUACUCAGCUCCAGAGCUAGCUUACACGAUGAUGGUGAAUGAAAAAUGCGAUGUUUACAGUUUUGGUGUGGUGACAAUUGAAAUUCUAGUGGGAAGACAUCCAGGUGACUUCAUUUCAUCUCUUUCAUCAUCAUUUUCAUUCCCCUCCUCCUCGCUGAUGGAUGAGCAUACACUUCUCAUGGAUAUGGUUGAUCAACGCCUCCCACUUCCUCAAUACAAAACUGCAGAAGGAAUAAUACAUAUUGCACAACUAGCACAUGCUUGCUUGAGUGGCAACCCUCAAUCUCGGCCAACCAUGAAACAAGUUUCUUCCCACCUAAUGGAUAAAUGGAAUCCAUUGACUAAGCCAUUUUCAGAAGUAAAACUGGGAGAGAUUUUUCCCUUUUUUCCUACGAGGAUUCAGUAGCUAAGCCUGAGGGAAAAUGCCUGUAAUGCUGUGUGUAUGGAUGGAAGUUUAGUUCCAUGCUUCACUCUCUUUCACUGCCCUGUAUUAUAUGGUACUGUACUGGAAAAUAUAAAUAUGUAAUGUAAAUGUUAUUAGCAUCUUCAU